AUGGCGACAAAGACUCUAGCCACAUGGGCUCUAGCCCUCCAAUUCGGUAACCUCACCGAGCCAGUUGUCGACAUGGCCGUUAAGAGUGUCUACAACUGGGCCGGCUGCGCUAUCGGCGGGUAUGCUUUACCACCUGCCGAUAUUGCCCUAAAGGCCAUGAUACCCUUCGGAUCUGAGGGCAACUCUACCAUCUUCGGAAGUGGCAAAUACGUCGACGUUAGGACAGCAGCACUCGUCAAUGGCAUCGCUUCUCACGCCGAUGAUUAUGACGAUACUCACGUGGAUACCCCAGUUCACCCCUCUGGGCCUGUUGCGUCUGCUCUGUUCGCCAUAGCCGAGUGGUUGGGUCCCGUCACAGGCGAGGAUUUCCUCGCUGCAUUUGUCGCAGGCGUUGAAACUGAGUGUAAACUUGGCGUUGCUGUUUAUCCUGAGCACUACGAUAUCGGAUGGCAUAUUACCAGUACCACGGGAUCCAUUGGCGCUGCCGUCGCCGUCGGAAAGCUCCUGGGUCUUGAUACGAAGCAGAUGCAGAGGGCUAUUAGCAUCGCCUCUGUACAAGUCAUCGGUAUGCACGAAUCAUUCGGCACAGACACCAAGCCUUUCCAUGUUGGUGCUGCCGCACAAGCUGGUCUGACCUCAGCAAUGCUUGCUAAGCACGACUUCGGAGGUUCUCUGGAGGGACUUGAAGCUAAAAGAGGAUGGUCCCAUGUCGUCUCCACCUUUGAGAAUGUGACAGAAGAGUUUGAAACUUUCGGCAAGGUCUGGGAGGUUACCAAGAACACCUUUAAGCCCUUCCCCUGCGACCGAAUUAUCCACGCCCCCAUCGAUGGCUGGAUCCAGAUCCAUGAGCAGGCAAAAAGGAAGAACCUCGAACCCUCCAAAAUUGUUAAUGUUACUGCUCGAUGCCAUCCCAAGGUGCUGUUCCUCACAGACGACCCCAAGCCCGAAACAGGUCUCGCAAGCAAGUUCAGCGUCUACCAUGCCGCAGCAGUGGCACUCUUGUACGGAGAGGCAACUCCCAAACAGUUCACCGAUGAAGCUGCAAAGGAUAAAAAGGCCAUCGAGCUACGACAAAAGGUCCACGUCACCACUGACAAGAAGGUCGCCGACCACGAAGCAUACGUCGAUGUUGAAUGGGAGGAUGGAACCAAGCUUGAGGUUCACGUUAAGCAUGCUAUUGGUAGCUAUGAGAACCCUCUCGAUGAGAAGUUCCUUCACACCAAGUUCUUGGAGCACGUUGGGGCUCAAAUCGGAGAGGAUAGGGCGAAGAAGGCGCUUAAGGCAUUCGCUGGAAUCGCAAACUCGACUGACGUCAGCAAGAUCUCAAAAGCGUUUGAGGAGGAAGAUUAG